AUUUUUAUUUAUUGGCAUUGAAAAGCUAUUUUCUGCAGAAAAUUGCAUUUUCACUGUGUUUUGAUAGUUUAAAAAAUAACAAUCAUGUUGUUUUCUCAUUGAAAAUUAUUUACUUUUUAUUUAAUACAAAUUUAUCUACGAGAAUCCGCUUUGAUUAACAACCUCCCCUUACUCCCCUUGUUUCAUUUUUCGACAUCAAUCCACAGUACUACAUCUCAUGAGAUUACUCUCUCAUUUUCUCAAUAAUUGCGUCGCUUAAUACAAAGCCAACCGAUUGAACAUAACCUCAAAACAAUAUUAUUAAUUAUUAGUAUCGUAUUAUAUAGCGCCACGAUGUUUUUAUUCAUCUAUCACCAUUUCUAAAAAAAAAGACCCCUAGUUCGACCUUCACUUUCGGUAUUUCUUACAUUCCAUUGUUCUACAAAUAGAGAGGUUAUGUUUUUUAGAUAACUGUAGCAUCUUUCUUCAUUGUUAAUUGUGGAUCGAGCGUCGCUUUUAAUCUCAGUAUUCGUGUUGUGAGUUGUGUGUCUAAUUUCUAGUGUUGUUACAAUUUUUAUUACAACCUGACUCUCUUUAUUUGUUGUGAUUUUUGAUUACGUAAAUAUAAUUGAAUAAUAUCAAAGAACUGUAUCAAUAUGACAACCGAAAAAAUUAAUUUGAUUGGUGUUCCAAUAGCUAAAAUUAAUGGUCGUAAACUUCCCACUAUAAAAGAAGUUUUAUUAUUAUUUUUUAUCAUCACAAAGUUCUUCAUCUAAAAGUCAAUGAAAGUGCAAAAAAAACUGCAAAUAUAGUUCAAGAUUGUUGGAAAAAUUUACAAAUUUUAACCUCCGGGCUUCGAAAUACGAUUAACAAAAUACUUGAGUUUUUCAAAAAAUGGCAAUUAUUGCAGUGCAAUAAGAAAAGAAUAAAAUCACAAGCUCAAAAACAAAAAGAAGUGAGUUUUGAACAAAAAAUUCAACAGUUAUUUAAUAUCGCUGGAAAAAACGGUCUAAGAAGUUUGAAUGGAGAGAUCAACAACUUUUCGGCUCAGAAACUAUUGAAUCAACCAGAAAUUUCUGAUAACUCCAGUUCACCAGAAACUUCGAGAAAAUAUGUUGAAAUUAUGGAAACCGAUGAGAUAGAAAUAGAUUUGGUUAAUGAUAAUAAUAAUAAUGAAAUUACACCUAGUCAAGAGUUACUAACAUCGUCGCAGUCAACUAUCAGUCAAAUUUCAAAUGUUUCCGAUUUUGAAACAGAAUUGUUGUCUGAAAAAAAAAUACCAAAAAUAAACAUUAUCACUCCAAAUUUAGCAGCUGCGCUUGAUCGUGCAAAUGUUAGCAACAGAAAUGCUACAUAUAUUUUGGCAGCUACCUUACAGAGCGUUGGAAUAGAUCUUCGGAAUGUUAAUUUAAGCUAUAAAACUAUCCAACGAAAUCGUAUACUUCUUCGAAAAGAAAUAGCUGAAGGGUUAAAAAAAGACUUAAAGUUCAAUGAUAAUUACGUAGUUCAUUGGGAUGGUAAAUUGUUAAGCGAUAUUGUUGGCGCAGAUGUUGUAGAUAGACUCCCAAUUCUUCUGACAUCGUCUGGCGCUGAACAAUUAUUAGGCAUUCCAAAAAUUGGAGCAGGAACUGGAAUUGAGCAAGCUUCAGCAGUAAACUCAACUUUGAAGCAUUGGGGUGUCAGUGAUUAUGUCAAAGCGGUGUGCUUUGAUACUGCAUAUACAAAUACAGGCAUUCAUCGUGGCGCUGGCGUAGAACUAGAGAAUCUUUUAGGGCGAAAGCUCAUUUGGUUGCCAUGUCGUCAUCACGUCAUUGAACUACUCAUUAAAGGUGUUUUUGAAGUAUACUGGCCAACGCAAAAUGGCCCAAAUGUUUCAAUUUUUGGUAGAUUCGAAAUAAUUGGAACAAGAUAG